CGGUCAAUAUAUAUACGCCUAACCCCUCCAGCAAUCACAAACUCUCUCUUUCGCUCCCAGACCCAUCACCACUUUCUCUCUACAAUGACUCUCAGCAGCGUUCCGUUGGCUACUUCGGAUAUACAAAUCCCAGAAGGAGCCCGGAGAAAUUCGACGCUAAUAUGUGUUCCAAUAAUGGCGGAUUCCGUGGAUCAAAUGUUGGGUCAGAUAAGAAAGGCAAAAGAAGUUGGUGGUGACCUUGUGGAGAUUCGGUUAGAUUAUUUGAAGAACUUCAGUCCUAGACAAGAUCUCCAAUUCUUAGUCAAACAAUCUCCUUUGCCCACUCUUGUCACUUACAGACCAACAUGGGAAGGUGGUCAGUAUGACGGUGAUGAAGGAAAGAGACUGGAUGGGCUGCGCCUAGCCAUUGAAUUGGGAGCUGAUUAUAUUGAUGUUGAGCUUCAGGUAGCUCCUGAGUUCAUCAAUUCCAUUCGGGGGAAAACAUCUGGAAAUGUCAAAAUCAUUGUUUCUUCUCACAACUACCAAAAUACUCCUUCUGCUGAGGAGCUUGGCAAUCUUGUGGCAAGAAUACAAGCUACUGGAGCUGACAUAGUAAAGAUUGCAACAACUGCUUUAGACAUUACAGACUGUGCACGGAUUUUUCAAGUGCUCGCACAUUCCCAAGUCCCAACUAUAGGAAUUGCUAUGGCAGAGAGGGGUUUAAUUUCAAGGAUACUUAGUGCCAAAUUUGGUAGCUAUCUCACUUUUGGUUCACUUGAGGCAGGAGUGGUGUCAGCUCCUGGGCAACCAACUGUAAAAGAUUUGUUGGAUUUAUACAAUUUCAGACAGAUAGGACCUGAUACGAAGGUGCAUGGUGUCAUUGGAAAGCCUAUUGGUCACAGCAAGAGCCCUCAUCUAUACAACUCGGCAUUUAAGUCAGUUGGCUUUAAUGGAAUUUAUUUGCCUCUGUUGGUCGACAGUGUUAAAAAUUUUCUCACCACCUAUUCAUCCCCUGAUUUUGUUGGAUACAGCUAUACAAUUCCUCACAAGGAGGAUGGACUUAGAUGCUGUGAUGAGAUCGAUCCCAUUGCCCAGGCAAUAGGAGCUAUUAGCUGCAUGAUUAGAAGACCGGCCGAUGGGAAGCUAAUGGGGUAUAAUGUCGACUAUCUUGGAGCCAUUGCAGCUAUUGAGGAGGGACUACGAGCUUCAAAUGGUACAACCAGUGUUGGUUCACCCUUAGCUGGAAAACUGUUUGUUGUCAUUGGUGCUGGUGGUGCUGGAAAGGCACUUGCUUAUGGUGGAAAAGAAAAGGGAGCAAGAGUAGUAGUGGCCAAUCGCACAUUUGAGAAAGCUAAAGAACUUGCAAGUAAAGUUGGGGGAGAGGCCAUGACUCUUGCGGAAUUAGAAAAUUUCCAUCCAGAAGAUGGGAUGAUUCUUGCAAAUACCACAUCUGUUGGAAUGAAACCCAAUAUUGAUAACACACCCUUAUCUAAGAAAGCUUUGAGCCGCUACUCUUUGGUUUUUGAUGCCAUUUACACACCAAAGUUGACCAGGCUGCUGAGAGAAGCACAAGAGUCCGGAGCCAUUAUUGUUUAUGGGACAGAGAUGUUCAUCAAUCAAGCAUUUGUACAGUUUGAAAGAUUCACUGGUUUGCCCGCACCAAAAGAACUGAUCAGGGAAGUUUUGGUGAGGAAUACAUAAGAACUUGUUGGGUUAGUUUCUCAUUGCAGCUGGCACUAUGGUCAUCCAUUACAGCUAACUCAUUUCAAUUUCUGAUUCUUUGUGAUUAGCUGCUGAGUUAUGUUGUUGUAUCAAUAAAUUUCCUUUUCAUAAUGAAAGAACUUGUGAGCAUGUGCUAGGUCGCUCAAUUAUGGCAUAGAUACAACAAAACACAAGAAAAGGGUUCAUUUAGUCUACCCAAAUUUUUGGGAUUAAUGAAGCUAGUGAGUUAAUUUUACA